AUGAAGCUGUCCAUCACCAUAGUUGCCAUGGCUGCUCUAGCAUCAGCUGCUCCUACCAAGCAUAUGGAGCGAAGCAUCGAUUCCUCUGAGGUGGCAGCCUACCAAGUCGAUGCCUCUGUUGCUGGAUGGGCUGAGGACAAGAAGCGAAACAUUGACUCUUCCGAAGUUGCAGCUUACCAAGUCGACGCCUCUGUUGCCGGAUGGGCUGAGGACAAGAAGCGAAACAUUGACUCUUCUGAGGUUGCAGCUUACCAAACGGAUACUUCUGUCGCGGGAUGGGCUGAGAAUAAGAAGCGCAAUAUCGAUUCUUCCGAACUGGUGGCUUAUCAAACUGACACCUCCGUUGCGGGAUGGGCUGAGGAUUGA